AUGGAAAAUGUGUCUAAUAUUCAAAUACAUCUACAAAAUUGUAGUUUUUGUCAAUGUAAUCGAGAAUGGUCUGGUCGAUAUUGCACUAUUGAAAAUACUUGUAUGUGUUCAUCUGAUUCAAUAUGUAUUGAUGUCUCAGCUUACAAUCGAUCUGUAUGUGUUUGUCCUAUUGAUAAAUUUGGUGAUCGAUGUCUUCUUAUCGAUACAAUAUGUGAAAUGGAUAAGAAUUUAACAUGUCAACAUGAUGAACAAUGUAUUCCUUCUGAUGAAUAUAUGAUAUCGAAUCAAAAAUUUGUAUGUAUUUGUCCAAAAGGCUAUAUUGGUGAUUGA